AUGCGAUGGAUGGAUGGCGUGGGAAACUUGCCGCCGUGGGAGCGAAAAACCUGCCCGGAAGCACACCACUCGUUCGCCACGGCGCGGCUGGGGGUCGGAGCAUUUCUCUCAGAUUGUACGAUACGGGGUGAAUCGGCGUAUCGGGAACCUUUCUCUGGCAGUUCCAUUUUGGCCGAAAUUUAUGACCUUCUAACGUUGGAGAAAAUCGUGACACGACUGACGAUUAGAAACCCGGAUGACGAAACCUUUAUCACGUUGCUAGUCGAAGCGGAAGGGAUAGUCAACUCAAGACCAUUAACGUAUGUACCGCUGGAAUCAGAAACGCAGGAGGCGCUUACGCCCAACCACUUUUUGUUAUUGAGCUCACAGGGUGUUACUCAACCCCCUAUUUCCAUCCCGGAUCGUCCAGAGUGUCUCCGGACUAAUUGGCGAUUGACAACGAAUCUGAUCGACCAGUUCUGGAGUAGAUGGGUGCGGGAGUAUCUCCCUACCAUUGCCAACAGAACGAAGUGGUACGGUGAAUCGAAGGAACCGAACGUUGGAGAUUUGGCUGUUAUCGUUGACGCAUCCGUCAGGAAUGGAUGGCUUCGUGGUAGGAUUGUUUCGGUCGUGAAAGGGCGAGAUGGGCGAAGCCGACAAGUGCUGGUGCAUACUUCAGCAGGAGUUUUGCGACGACCGAUGACUAAGGUUGCCAUCUUGGACAUUAUGAAGCCGAACGAUUAUGGAGUUGGAGGUAACGCAGCUCCUUCGAAAUCGCUGGAGAUGCAUUACGGGUCGGGGAUGUUGGGGCGAAACUACGCCACUGUCCCACGAUAG